UCGAAAAUUACAGCUACUCGUAACAAGUUAUAUUGACCCUUCGGAAGAUGAGAGUAUCAAAAGUUUCCAUCAUUAUUUUACGCGGAUGGUUCUUUUACGCCAGAUGCAUUGGAGCAGUGUUUUGGCAGUUUAAACUACCGAAGGACCAUGAAGUAGUAACGGAGGGGAGCUGGAGGAAUCGUUCGUGGUGGAAGUGGAUCUCAAUGGUCUGGCGCCUUGUCCCGCUUUGUGUCAAUGCCUAUACGUACUCUUUGUUUAUAUGGAAGCUAGCCAACUUGGUUGACCAAGUGCUGAACGGUGCACGACUUGUGAUUAUUACUUCCUGCUGUUUGUCAUUGAUCCACCUGCAGAUUUUCCACGGCGAAGAAGUAAUUAGAAUAAUGAACCAAUAUCUUCACCUCUUUAAUAGAGUAUCAGCUCUGUUCAUUCGUUCGGAAAUUGGAUUCGGUGGCGGACGAGAAUUGUGCCUGAUUCUAUUAUCUUUGGGCUGUCAGACACUUUUCAGCGUGAUAUCGAUCUCUUACAAAAUGAUAGCUGACAGACAGUUCUACCAGUUUUGGAUUUGGUUCUGGUUUGUAAAGACAGUGCUCGAUAUGCUUGUCCUAAGUUUGGCCAUUGAAGGAGCAGUCAAUAAGUUUAAUUUUAUUCGGGAGAUAAUACUGGAUAUGUUCUUACUCAGCGAGCGAACCGAAUGGAACAGAAAGAUGGAAUUAUUCAUCACUCAUUUGAACCUAUACCAGUUUAGAGUCAGCCUCAUGGGUCUUUUCGAUGUUUCCAAUAAGUUUUUUCCUGUGGUUGUAACCGGCAUGAUAACGUACCUUGUUUUUAUCGUUCAAUUUGUAAUGCAAUUAAAAAUAUAA